AUGGGUAUUGGCUGUAGUGCUUUUAAAGCUUUCGAGGGAUCAUCAACGUCAGUACCGUCGCUUGUUGCGUCGGCUCACGGCGUCGUGCUUGAGGUGGGGCCGGGCAUAGGAACCCAGCUAGACCGCUUCGACCAGUCGAGGAUUGACCAUGUCUACGGUGUCGAGCUUAACCCCGCCUUCGUUCAACCUCUGCUUGCAGAAGUAGAAACGGCUAAGCUGCAAGGCAAGUACACGGUGAUCGUGGGAGCGGUGGAGGACGAGCGCCUGUUGGCAGAAUAUGGCCUCCGAGCAGGGUCGGUGGACUCGAUUGUGUGUAUCGGGACAUUAUGCUCGGUCAGCGAUCCUGAACAAACGAUGCGUUGGAUGUACAAACUGCUUAAGCCCGGUGGCGUUUUCAUUUUCUGGGAGCAUCGGCGCAGUCAUGAUUUCUUGACGCGACUUGUCCAAGGAUUCUGGAAUCCCCUUUGGCAAAUUUUCAUGGGGGGCUGUAGCUUGACUCGAUCGACCGGAGAUAUCAUACGCACCGCUGGCGAUUGGGAUCCUCAGGAUUCAGAGAUGGAGGUGCAGAAGAGUCUGGCUUCAGAGUGGUCAAUCAUGCCAAGGGUUGAAGGGAGACUGGUCAAGACAGCGUAG